CGCCACAAGAUGAUGAUGGAGAACGGACUCUCCAUGGAGUACGGAGAUGGCUACAUGGAGCAGGAGGAGGAGUGGGAGCGUGAGGGCCUACUCGAUCCUGCGUGGGAGAAGCAACAGAAGAAGACAUUUACCGCUUGGUGUAACAGUCAUCUGCGCAAAGCCGGCACCGCCAUCGACAACAUUGAGGAGGACUUCCGCAACGGCCUCAAACUGAUGCUGCUGCUGGAGGUGAUCUCCGGCGAGACGCUGCCCAAGCCCGAUCGCGGCAAGAUGCGCUUCCACAAGAUCGCCAACGUGAACAAGGCUCUCGACUUCAUCGCCUCCAAAGGCGUCCACCUGGUGUCCAUUGGCGCCGAGGAGAUCGUGGAUGGCAACCUCAAGAUGACCCUGGGCAUGAUCUGGACGAUCAUCCUGCGUUUCGCCAUACAGGACAUAUCUGUGGAGGAGAUGACCGCCAAGGAAGGUCUGCUGCUGUGGUGCCAGCGCAAGACGGCGCCCUACAAGAACGUCAACGUACAGAACUUCCAUCUGUCGUUCAAGGAUGGUCUGGCCUUCUGCGCCCUUAUCCACCGCCAUCGUCCAGAUCUGAUCGACUACGCCAAGCUGUCCAAAGACAAUCCUCUGGAGAAUCUUAACACUGCCUUCGAUGUGGCCGAGAAGUAUCUGGAUAUCCCGCGCAUGUUGGACCCAGAUGAUUUGAUCAACACUCCGAAACCGGAUGAACGUGCCAUCAUGACGUACGUCUCCUGCUACUACCACGCCUUCCAGGGAGCCCAACAGGUUGGAAAUAAUACAGCUUUGCCCGAUGAGCGAGCGGUGAUGACCUAUGUGUCCUCGUACUAUCACUGCUUCAGUGGCGCCCAAAAGGCGGAAACCGCUGCCAACCGCAUCUGCAAGGUGCUCAAGGUCAACCAGGAGAACGAACGCCUCAUGGAGGAGUACGAGCGUCUGGCCAGUGAUCUGCUGGAGUGGAUCCGUCGCACCAUGCCGUGGCUGAACUCGCGCCAGGCCGACAACUCGCUGGCGGGCGUGCAGAAGAAGCUGGAGGAGUACCGCACCUACCGGCGCAAGCACAAGCCACCACGCGUGGAGCAGAAGGCCAAGCUGGAGACGAACUUCAACACGCUGCAGACCAAGCUGCGUCUGUCCAACCGGCCCGCCUAUCUGCCCACCGAGGGCAAGACCGUGUCGGACAUUUCGAACUCGUGGAAGGGUCUGGAGCUGGCCGAGAAGGCUUUCGAGGAGUGGCUGCUGGCCGAGACCAUGCGCCUGGAGCGCCUCGAGCAUCUGGCCCAGAAGUUCAAGCACAAGGCCGAUGCCCAUGAGGACUGGACGCGUGGCAAGGAGGAGAUGCUGCAGUCGCAGGACUUCCGCCAGUGCAAGCUCAACGAGCUGAAGGCCCUCAAGAAGAAGCACGAAGCCUUUGAGUCUGACCUGGCCGCCCACCAGGAUCGCGUCGAGCAGAUCGCCGCCAUCGCCCAAGAGCUGAACACCCUGGAGUACCAUGACUGCGUGUCGGUGAACGCCAGGUGCCAGCGCAUCUGCGACCAGUGGGACCGCCUGGGUGCUCUCACCCAGCGCAGGCGCACCGCUUUGGACGAGGCCGAGCGCAUCCUGGAGAAGAUCGACAUCUUGCAUUUGGAGUUCGCGAAGCGGGCGGCGCCAUUCAACAACUGGCUGGACGGAACGCGCGAGGAUCUUGUGGACAUGUUCAUCGUGCACACCAUGGAGGAGAUCCAGGGCCUCAUUCAGGCGCACGACCAGUUCAAGGCGACGCUGGGCGAGGCCGACAAGGAGUUCAACCUGAUUGUGAACCUGGUCCGCGAGGUGGAGUCGAUUGUGAAGCAGCACCAGAUCCCCGGCGGCCUGGAGAACCCCUACACCACCCUGACCGCCAACGACAUGACCCGCAAGUGGAGCGACGUCCGCCAGCUGGUGCCCCAGCGCGACCAGACGCUGGCCAACGAGCUGCGCAAGCAGCAGAACAACGAGAUGCUGCGCCGCCAGUUCGCCGAGAAGGCCAACAUUGUCGGCCCCUGGAUCGAGCGGCAGAUGGAUGCGGUCACGGCCAUCGGCAUGGGAUUGCAGGGAUCGCUGGAGGAUCAACUGCACCGGCUCAAGGAGUACGAACAAGCCGUCUACGCCUACAAGCCCAACAUUGAGGAGCUGGAGAAGAUCCACCAGGCGGUGCAGGAAUCGAUGAUCUUCGAGAACCGAUACACCAACUACACGAUGGAGACGCUGCGCGUCGGCUGGGAGCAGCUGCUCACCUCGAUCAAUCGCAACAUCAACGAGGUGGAGAACCAGAUCCUCACCCGCGACUCCAAGGGCAUCAGCCAGGAGCAGCUGAACGAAUUCCGCAGCAGCUUCAACCACUUCGACAAGAACCGCACCGGCCGCCUGUCGCCCGAGGAGUUCAAGUCGUGCCUGGUCUCGCUGGGCUACUCAAUCGGCAAGGAUCGCCAGGGUGACCUGGACUUCCAGCGCAUCCUCGCCGUUGUCGAUCCCAACAACACUGGCUACGUGCACUUCGACGCCUUCCUCGACUUCAUGACCCGCGAGAGCACCGAUACCGACACUGCCGAACAAGUCAUCGACUCCUUCCGAAUCCUGGCAGCCGACAAGCCAUACAUUUUGCCCGACGAACUGCGCCGCGAGUUGCCCCCAGAUCAGGCCGAGUACUGCAUUCAGCGCAUGCCGCCCUACAAGGGAGCCAACGGAGUGCCCGGCGCCCUGGACUACAUGUCCUUCAGCACAGCUCUCUACGGCGAGACCGACUUGUAAGAGAAGGGCCUAGGCACCACCUGCACCUGCACCCGUAUCCGACGGACUGCGUCGGCGGAUCCGAGCAGAGCCAGACCAUAUAAUAAUGAUAAACUUUAAUAAUAAUAAUAUUAAUAAACAUAGAUUUAUUAUACCUACACUCGUAACGGUAGCUGCAGAAGAACUUCAGAGCAUCAUGUGAGGAUGAAUAUAUAUUUAUUAAUUUCCGUCUCGAGCCGAUGUAUGCGACCCACACAUACAAAACAAAACAAUGGAAAGAAAAGCCAAUCAAAUUGUGAAAUAUGAAACACACAUACAUUAUAUACAUUUGUAAAACAGCAAGGCAACCCAUCAAGUGCAUAUCGAAUAUUUAAAUCUAAUUCUAAAACCAAGUCCAAAACAAAACAAAAACAUCAACAAAACGCUAAAAACAAUAUUUUUUGAAAUUUAUGUUAAUAAAAACAAAAUCCAUACAUAAAAAAAAAAAAACAAAAAGAAAUGAAAUCGACAAAUCUCAUGGAGAUAAAUUUCUUCAAAACUCUAAAGAGAUAUGUAAAUAAAGGGAGGGAGAUAGUAAAACAAAAUGGGGCAACUUUAGACUACUUCCGUUUCCGUACCUUGAAGUUCCACCAGAUAGAGCGAGACGGCGAUACAUCUAGAGAGAAAGAGAGAGAGAGAGGAAGCGAGGCCACUAGAUGAAAGGAAUAAUACUGUUCUAUAUUCACACAGUUACUGUAGCUAUUUAUUCAUCAACAAUUUCAAAACUUUAGUUUCCGCUUAUCUCGAACAUAUUCACAAUUUCAGAACUAAAACUACAAUUCAUAUACAAAAUUCAGAUAACGAUGAUGAAUAAAGCGAUUUCUUGGUGA